GAGUGCUCGAUACCCAUCCCUUUUUGGCACUGCUCUGAUCAGUGCUGGCAGCUCUGUAGUCUGUACUAAUACUCUGUCAGACCUGUGCUUCUCAAUUCUCGUCCUUUUGUUUACUCUUAUCCUUUUUCUCCUUCAUACCCGGGAAUUCGGCAGACGCGUAAUAUCCGAUUUUCCUCUUCGUGCGCAUAACCGGGUGCCUCUCGGCGGCCCUCAUCUUUGAAAUGUCCGGCCGCGCUCUGAGAAAGUGACGGGAGACCGAGUUGUUUGACCCGAGUUUGUUUACACUUUGCAGCAGGCCGUCGCCCAACUGACCCUGGCACCAUGGACAGUCGAAAGAGGCGAAAUUUCCUGGAAAAAAGAGUAAGCAAACUUAUUCAGUCCAACCGCAACCUGAGGAGAAAGCUGCUUUUAGCGAAGAAACAGUUGAACAAAAGAGAAAUCGAGUAUACUAGAUUGAUGGAGAAUUAUUACUCAAUGGCAAUGAAUGUGAUUGAAAUAAAUCAACUCAACGGAAGGAACAAUGUGAAUGGCUUUAACGUUAUUACAAAGGACUUGAUAAUGUGGGCAGUCGAAAAUGAAAAAAAGAACCAGCAUCAGAAGUUCUUGAAACAUCUGGGCUUCAUUGAAGCUCAAAUGACAUCUUUUUUGAAACUUUGUGGUGAUAUGUCAAGUAAUGUUCGUGACACAAAAAAUUACACUAGAUCAAUUUUGAAUUCUUUUGAGGAGAAAUCAAAUUGUCAAAACUACAAUGACAUUUUGCUUGGUAAUUCUUCAACACAUGUUCCAUAUGAAUACCAAAAUGGACAUACUUUAGGAUUGCGUGUUUGUAAGAAUUUUCAUGGUAGAGAACCUGAAUCUGAACAUAGGAACCUUCUGCAAGUGGAUGAAAACACCGCACAACAUACAGUGGCUUACAACAAUAGCUCCAAAGGAAAUCAGAAUAAAGUUCCUGCAACACCUGAACCAGAAAUACAGUCCACAUCAUUUAAGAAGGUAAACGAUGAAGGUUAUUUAUCGGCGAAUGUUGGGCACAGUUUGCAGAGUGAAUCGAGUACAAGUGAAUAUUCUGAGGAUAGUAGUGAUGUAGAAGAAAGACAAAACAUUCAAGAGUAUUAUGAUCCAGAACAGAAACAUAAACCUGUAGAAUCAGUGUUAAACAACAAUAGCUGCAACAUGGUAAUUAAUAAAAAAAGUGAUUUGUUAAGUUUUGAGUGCUGAUAGAACUUAGUCUGU